AUGAAUAGCAAUGUUAAGUCACCUCACUCAGCAAGAUCAAGAGUACCGAUAGAUAACAUCGGAGUUAAAUGGUGGGAUCUAUAUGGUGCCAGCGAAGCUACUACAUCAGAGUGUUAUGUACAAAACGAAGUUGAUGUAGAACAGACUGAAGAACAAAAUAAAAUUGUAGACAAGAGUACAUGCACGAACAAUUUACUCCAACGAUAUUCAAGUAUCAAAGUGUAUAAAGAUGAUAACGGAAAAAUAGCAAAUCUUAAUCCAAAAGAUAUUGUAUUAAAAAAAUGGAGGGAAGAACAGGCUAAAGCGAAAUACGAACAAGCUCGGAAAGCGGUGAUUAAAUCACUGAAAGAGAAAUUCGAGGUAACGCCACAUGCUAAUACGCGUCCCAUCCCUGGAGCGAAUAAAACUUGUAUUCGAAAAAUAAUACCGACGAUCAUAAUAACGGGAGACAGCGAAAUAUCAAAUUUGAACGCGAACGUCGCGAGCCAAGGAAAACGUGAUUCUGCCGGUGAAGGAUUUAAGGUUGAGAUUGGGGAUGGUAAUGAUGCGGGUGCCUGUCACGCGAGCAGACUUCAGGUGGGGCCAGGUGGUGAGUUGGCACAGUGGAGGCCUUCUCCUGGUGGCAGUAGGGCGGCGUGCGCGGAGGGCGGAAUACGCGGGUUUGCGAGGGAAACCAUGCCGGUCCUAGGCUCAUGA